UCUGUAAAACAAAAGGAAGAGCAGACAAGAAAGGAGAGAACGACACAGCGACGAAAGAGAAAGCGAGGCUGGCUUAACAAAACAUUUCUACUCUGGCAGAUAUGCGGGUUUGAAUUCACGGUCUGUCUCCUCAAUCCCGAGAGCGGGCAGGUGACUUUUUUCCAGACGCCUAAUGGAGGAUCGUUGCCACGUAGCAUCGAAGAUCUCAAGAUGACCGAUCAAGAAGCAGAGGUCCUGUCCACAAAGGAUUUUGAGCACGUUGGGGGAAGGGAAAUGCUCGCACAAAGCCAAGACCAAGUGCAAAGUCGAGGCGGAGCCAACCUACGCAGGGCCACUUCCAGAACAGAACGUUGCCAAAGGGGAGACGGAGGAGGAUACUCCUCCACAACACUUCGUUGCCGGACCCAUCGGCCUUUGGAACUGAUAGUCCGAGCUAUAAGAAGUUCCCAUUUGACACGGAGCAGAACAAGCUGAAUCUUGUUGAAUCAAGGUUACUGGAAGAGCUGAAUUUCAAUAGGUAUAGU